AUGCAGUGCAAUUCCUCCCGCUUCCGCGAUGGAUUUGCCAUCCCGGAUACCUUGAGACGACGGGUGGCAGAGCCAUUUGCAAUGAAGGAUUUCCCCCAAUACUCGAUGGAUGUUCCCAUGUCUCGCGUGAAGUUUAACGUCAACACCGAAUACGCCUACCUCCAGAACUUCAAGGUCCUCCAGAACGUUUUCGCGCGCCACCAUGUCGACAAGCCCGUCCCCGUCGAGCAUCUCACGAAAUGCCGUAUGCAGGAUAACCUGGAGUUCCUCCAGUGGGUGAAGAGAUACUGGGACCAGCACUACCCGGGAGGUGACUAUGAUGCCGUCAGCCGUCGGAAGGCGUCCGGCGGUGCUCCCACCUCGGCCGGCAGCUCUCGUGCGGGCGCCAGCUCCGCCGGAGCCACGCGACGCGGCACCACGCCCACCGUCGGAGGAAGUCGCGCUCGGGCUGCCCCCGGUGCUGGCUCGGCCAACGUGUCCGCGCUGCAACAGGAGAUCGCUACCCAGAAAGAGGCUAUUGGCGGACUGGAGAAGGAGCGAGACUUUUACUUCGCCAAGCUCCGCGAUAUCGAGCUGCUGCUGCAGAGCGCUAUCGAGGCGGACCCUGAGUUGGACAAGGAGGAGGACUCGUUAGUCAAGCACAUUCAAGGCAUUUUGUACUCGACGGAGGGACAGGAAGGAUUCGAGAUCCCCGCAGAGGCCGAGGGUGCCGCCGAUGAACUGGAGACCUUUUAG